AGCCAGGCCACACACACAACCAACCCACUGGACGGGCGCCGUUUCGACCACCUCACCCUCUCCGAGUUUCUUCCCCAUCGCCCCCCCCCCCAAGACGCUCUCGCCCUCACGCGCUAAACCGUACAAAAACUCGCCAGUUACAUGCCGCGCCGUCUUCGCCUCUGCAUCCUGCCAGCCUCCUCCUCCAGCUCUUCUCUUAAUAAACGAACCAGCCCUCCCUCUCUCGCAACCACGGGGUUCUUCGCUGCCCUCGUCCUUCUUUCCAAUUCUUCCCCAAUCAAACUCCAUCAGUUACGUCGCAAACCGCCAAAAUGGUCAGCCCUCAGAUCACCAACCUGAUCAUCAUGCUCGGCAUGGUGCAGGUCUCCCGCAAGGUCCCCUUCGAAGACCCCAAUGUCCUGAACAUGUGCCGCGCCGGCUACAUUGCCAGCAACAUCAUCAUCGCCAUCAUCUACCUCUACGUACAGGCCCAGAUUAACAAGAAGAAGGAUCUCACCACGCUCAAGUACGUCGAGCCCCCAGCGAUGGGAUCCGCCGAGGAGGGCAAGCUCGUCACCACCACCAUCCACGCCUACGACACCACCCAGCUCCGCCAGGCCUUCCGCUCCCAGGCCAUGGGUAUCGCCAUGAUGGCCUUCAUGCACAUCUACAUGAAGUACACCAACCCCCUCCUGAUCCAGUCCAUCAUCCCUCUCAAGAGCGCCCUCGAGAGCAACCUCGUCAAGAUCCACGUCUUUGGCCAGCCCGCCGCCGGCGACCUCAAGCGUCCCUUCAAGGCCCCCGCCGGUUUCAUGCAGGGUCUCCAGAGCGGCCCCGCUGCUAGCGAUAAGAAGGCCAUUGAGACUGCCGAGCGUGCCGGCCGCGGUGGUGCCAAGGAGGAGUAAACGCCUGCUCGCUCUCGUCGCCCGUCGUAGUUGGUGCUUUGGGGGGGGGGGGGAACGGACAGUCGGACAGUGAACAAAACACAAAAUCAAAAUAGGGGG